AUACUAGUGUUUUUAUAAAAAACAAAACUUCUGCCAAUAUAAAUACAUACAUCGCCGGCGCAUCGUCGGAGAAAUUGCAUCUGAACAUCCUUGUUACGAGGAAUCGAUGUCUACUACACGUCAAAUCACCGUCACUCUCGCGUUCCCUCUCUUAAUCUCCCUGCUCACAACGUUACCGCCGUUAAUCACCGCUGCCGCCGUCAACGGUAACUCUUCCCUCACCGCUUACGACCUACUCGAGUCCUAUGGCUUCCCCAUAGGAAUUCUCCCCAAAGGCAUCACCGGAUACGAUCUCGAUAAAACCACCGGAAAAUUCAAUGCCUAUCUUAACGGCUCCUGCAGUUUCUCUCUAGAAGGUUCUUAUCAACUGAGGUAUAAAUCGAGGAUCAGUGGGUACAUAGCUAAAAAUAAGCUCACGAGCUUAUCUGGUGUUAGUGUAAAAGUUCUAUUUUUGUGGCUCAACAUUGUGGAGGUCGUUAAAAACGGUGACAAUCUUGACUUUUCUGUGGGGAUUGCUUCUGCAAGCUUUUCACUUGACAAUUUCUUGGUUUGUCCACAAUGUGGAUGUGGACUAGAUUGCAAUAGGAACGGGAAAAUUCAAAAGAUUCGAAGCAGUCAUUUUAUCUCUUUGGUUUAGCUGCAUAUCAAAGGAUGAUUGAGUUGCUGAAAGAGGUCAAAAUGUAAUUGAGAGCACCGUCCAGUCCAGUGAAAACUUGAAUAAGGUCUCAAAUCGCAAAUGUGUUAGUACUCAUUUGACUUCCACGUAAGACAGCAAAAAUAAGAAUGGAGAUUUGAAGAGGGGCAGAGUUUGUACGUGCCAAGAGGCUCUGUUUAAUCAAAACAGUGAUUUGAGGUCUAAUUCCUUUGGCGAGAAUGCUAUGGUCACGGGAUUCCGUUAGCCUCCGCGAAAAACUCUGUAUAUGUAUUUUACAUAUGUUUGUACAUAUAGCUGGGACCCCUUAAAUAUUUCUUGUGCCCCCAGACACAAAAAGGCAGACGGAAGGAAUGGUUAUGGGGGCACGCUUUGGUUUCCUCCUUUUGCUGGAGGACGUGGGUUUGAGACUACCUUCAGCCUUUUCACCUUCCUAUUCCUAUUCCUAUUUUGAAGAAUUAGUGUACUAGAGAGCUUUAUUUAUUAUUUUUAUAUUUUGUUGAAGCCAGUUAUAGUUUAGUA